UUCGCUUCUCCUGUAAGCAUGUCUGGACGCGGCAAGGGCGGCAAGGGCCUGGGAAAAGGCGGCGCCAAGCGCCACCGCAAGGUGCUGCGGGACAACAUCCAGGGCAUCACCAAGCCCGCCAUCCGGCGCCUGGCCCGGCGCGGCGGCGUCAAGCGCAUCUCCGGCCUCAUCUACGAGGAGACCCGCGGGGUGCUGAAGGUGUUCCUGGAGAACGUGAUCCGGGACGCCGUCACCUACACCGAGCACGCCAAGCGCAAGACCGUCACCGCCAUGGACGUGGUCUACGCGCUCAAGCGCCAGGGCCGGAGUAAUCCAACAGCAGUUCACCAUCGCUCAGGGCGCGUUUCAGACACAAUUUGUGUUUCUGCACUUGUGAUGGCUCGUACUAAGCAGACCGCGCGUAAGUCCACUGGCGGCAAAGCGCCGCGCAAGCAGCUGGCCACCAAGGCGGCCCGCAAGAGCGCGCCCGCCACCGGCGGCGUUAAAAAGCCCCACCGUUACCGACCCGGUACAGUGGCUCUGCGCGAGAUCCGGCGCUACCAGAAGUCCACGGAGCUGCUGAUCCGCAAGCUGCCGUUCCAGCGGCUGGUGCGCGAGAUCGCGCAGGACUUCAAGACGGACCUGCGCUUCCAGAGCUCGGCCGUGAUGGCGCUGCAGGAGGCGUGCGAGGCCUACCUGGUGGGGCUCUUCGAGGACACCAACCUGUCUUUGGACGUUAUAACCACAGCAACCAUGUCUGGUCGUGGCAAGGGCGGUAAAGGCCUGGGCAAAGGGGGCGCCAAGCGCCACCGCAAGGUUCUUCGCGACAACAUCCAGGGCAUCACCAAGCCUGCCAUCCGGCGCCUGGCCCGGCGCGGCGGCGUCAAGCGCAUCUCCGGCCUCAUCUACGAAGAGACCCGCGGGGUGCUGAAGGUGUUCCUGGAGAAUGUAAUUCGAGACGCCGUCACUUACACCGAGCAUGCCAAGCGCAAGACCGUCACCGCCAUGGAUGUGGUCUAUGCGCUCAAGCGCCAGGGACGCACACUCUAUGGUUUUGGUGGCUGAGAGCACGUCAUCUGUCUUAUCUCUGCGUCACUUUUAAUAAAGGCCCUUUUUAGGGCCGCCCCA